UGACAGGAUGAACACCAUCAUCGACCAGUCGAGCUAUCUCCAUGGGAGGUGGACACAAGGAGAGCGGUUGCGACACAAACAGCAGAGGGCUUGGGGGCUACUACCCGAGCGCCUACUCGUCUCCACCCAUCGCGUACCCUGCAUACCCUCCUCCACAAGCCGGGCAUGGAUGCCCUCCGGCCUAUUACCCUCCACAGCCACAGGGAUAUGGGCAUGGCUAUCCAUCAGCAGGAGCAUACGGGUAUCCACCCUCCAGCUAUCCACACCAUCAAGGUGGCUAUCACGGUCACGGAGGGUCCUUGCUUGUUGCCGGCGGUGCGGCGGCUGCGGCGGCCUAUGGCGCGCAUCACAUGAGCCAUGGCCAUCACGGUCACGGCGGAUACUACCACCGUCCUGCGGGUUACCAUCAUCACUACGGCGGCAAGUUCAAGAAGCAUGGACGCUACGGUUAUGGGCAUGGCGGCAAGUUCAAGCAUGGCAAGCACAUGCGCCUCUUUGUAGGGAAGCAUGGCCUCUUUGGUGGAAAACACAAGUGGAAAUAGUUUUCUUCCAAGUGGAUCUGUCGAGAGGAGUGAGCUAAUGUGAUGUUGGGAAUAAAUCCGUCUAUGUAAUAAUCAACUCCAUCCAUAUCCAUAUCCAUAGUGUUGGAAAUAUGCCCUAGAGGCAAUAAUAAAAGUAUUAUUAUUAUA